AUGGCUGACAGUGUAUCUGGGGAAGUUCCAGACUUAACAAAUCAACUAAACAAGGAAGAAACAAGUGCCUUUUUAUUUUGUGAUCCUUGUUACCAAGAUGGAGAAAACAAGGAAGCAGAAGGAUUCUGUGUGGAAUGUCAGCAUUAUCUUUGUGAUCAAUGUUUCAAGUACCAUUGCCUUUCUAAACCGAUGAAACAUCACAAAUUACUAGGGAAGUCAGAAAUGCCAAAGAGAAAGGUUGAUGAAAGUCUCUCUAAAACCUGUUUACAUCAUGAGGGAGACACCAUUCAAUAUUACUGUAAAACACAUGAGACAGUUGGCUGGAACUCUUAUAUGAUCAUACACCACAAACCAUGCCUUGAAAUCUGCACCCUCACAGAUAAAGCUAAGGAUGUGGAACUAUUACCUGCAUAUAAAGAUUUCUGUACAAGAAUGGAGACAACCAAGACCAACCUAGAGGAUCAGAUAAAAUCUGCAAGAGAAAACAUAGCAAUAUGUAGAUCUUGCAGAGAAAAGGCUCUAACUGAAAUCAAUAAAUUACAGCAGAACAUCAACAUCCAGUUUGAGUUGCAGAAGCAGGAGCUUGCAAAGGAAGCUGAAGAAAAAUACAAAAAUGAAAUUAGAAAACUGAAACAAGUCGAAUAUUCAGCCAAUGAUACAAAAAUAUUCUUGAUAAUCUGA